AUGAUUUGUGCGACAUUCUCAAUUCUACUUUGUAUUGUAAUUGGACUACAUGAAUGGUCGAAGAGUAUGGGAGCAUGUCUCUGCAAAGAAAAGCGAAGACGAAGGAGAACAGAUGAUAGCGAAAGUGCUUCCAGUGGACCAGAAUUACGUCGCAGUGACUCAUCAUCUCGGCGAAGGUUCAGAAGGCGUCGUAGUUUUGAUUUGAUCGAUACAAACGAUGAUCAGAGCGGUGCAAUCAGUGGCACUCAGUGGAAAACAAUCGAAAGUGAUAUUCGUGAACUAAUUCGGCAAACGUUACGAGUAAUAAGAACUCUAGUCAAUAAUGAGCAAGAACCUCCUACUUCGCUUCUUAAAUUAAACCUACUGGCAGAUAAAGAGAAUGGAUGGAUUAUAGUUGUUAAAGCUUUAAUUGAUACAGUUCCUGAUGAAGAUUCUUUAGGGCCUGCAGUAAUUACAUUAUUCCUUGAUGAAUGCCCGUUACCAUCUAGGGAUACAGUUCAUCGAUUGCUAUACUCGCUCAACUUACCAGAAAGGAUAAAUGAUGAUCCAGGAUGGAACAAGAAUGCUUGUAUAGUCCUAGGAUCAUUAGCCGAAAAGUUAGCCGGUUCCAGUAGUGUUGGCAUGUGCACUCAAAAAACGCUGGGAUAUUUAAUUAAUAAUCUCGCUCCACAUAAUCCCAAACAAGUUAUACUAUUCUCUUUAUUAGCAUUAGAGAAGUUUGCUCAAACUAGUGAAAAUCAAAAUAUGAUUGUACGAAAUUUCGAAUCUCGGGAAGAACAUCCUUUGGAGGUCUUGGAAAAAUGGUUGCAUGAGCCUUCUCUUAGAAAUGAUUGGUUAGCACAUCAAGUAGCGUUUUGUUCGCAAUGGUCCUUAGAUAAUAUAUUUGUCCACAGUAAUCGAGUUUAUGCUUAUGAAACUACUGACGUGUCGAAAAUUAACGCAAUGCUUAAUCACGAGGAUGUGAGCGAAUAUUUAAAAAUUGGACCUAAUGGCUUAGAGGCUCGUUGUGACGUUUCAUCAUUCGAAUCAGUUCGUUGCACAUUUGAAGUUCUGGAAGGUGCAUGGUUCUACGAAGCCACGGUUCUCACUCCGGGAGUGAUGCAAAUAGGAUUUGCAACAAAAAGGAGUCUUUUCCUUAAUCACGAGGGGUACGGAAUCGGAGACGAUGAGUCUUCUGUGGCAUAUGAUGGAUGCCGGCAGCUUUUGUGGCAUAACGCAAAAUGUAGUCGUCAUGAGCAUCCUCCAUGGGAAGCAGGAGACGUUGUUGGUUGUUUAUUAGAUUUAACAAACGAGUUCAUUCUUUUCUAUCACAACGGAGUACCUCUUCAACGUCCGCACUUAGAGUUUUUAGCUCGUAGACCUCAGAAUGAUGGUGUGUUUGCUGCUGCAUCAUUUAUGUCUUUCCAACAGUGUCGUUUUAAUUUCGGAGCUAGCGAAUUCAAAUAUCCACCAGCGAUUCCUUUUCGAACUUUCAAUGUUGGCGGAUCCCCUCUGUCUCUUUCACAGAAAACGAUUUUGCCUCGUCGGCGGAGGUUAGAAUUGCUUCAACGUGAACCUAUACCCGAAGAUUACUGUACUAUAUGUUUUGCUAACCCAGGAAAUACUGUUCUGCGUCCUUGCGAGCACAGUGGUUUUUGUGGGGACUGUGCGAUGCAAAUGGAGCAGUGCCCACUGUGUCGUAGCACAAUUGAGUCAAGGCUUACAUUUUAA